GACGAUGGCCGUUCCUCGUGACAGUGCUCGACAGACAGCAACCAUAUCGCCUACAUUCUAACCACGCCACACGAUUUUCCAUUUCUCUUUCUCUCUCUCUCUCUCUGUCUCUCUCUCUCACUCCCUCGUCGCGAACACAUAACCGCGUUCGCGUUUUCUUCACGAAACAAAAUCGCAGUGUUUCUCGAGUUUUCUUCUUUUUAAGUAAAUCAUAAGUUUGUUUGUUAAUUUUAACGGAAAAAAAAGAAACGUUCAGAGUAAAACAAAAAAAAAAAAGAUUUAAAAAAAAGUAAAAAGAGAAUCGCGCCACCAUGGUAUGUUCUAUUGAUGAUAUCGCCGACGAACUCCCUCCUGAGCAAAUUGCUGUCCUUCGCAAGGCAUUUGACAGCUUCGACAGGGAGAAGAGUGGCAGCAUCCCCACCGACAUGGUGGCCGACAUCCUCAGACUGAUGGGUCAACCGUUCAACAAAAAGAUUCUCGACGAACUGAUCGAAGAAGUCGACGCCGACAAAUCUGGACGCCUCGAGUUCGAAGAGUUCGUUACGUUGGCCGCGAAGUUUAUCGUCGAAGAGGACGCGGAGGCUCUAGAGAAGGAGCUCCGAGAGGCAUUCAGGCUGUACGACAAGGAAGGGAAUGGCUACAUCCCCACUACGUGUUUACGCGAGAUCCUCAGAGAGCUGGACGACCAAUUGACGGACGAGGAACUGGACAUCAUGAUCGAGGAGAUCGAUUCCGACGGAUCUGGUACCGUUGAUUUCGAUGAAUUCAUGGAAAUGAUGACCGGGGAAUAAACAUCUUGACAUUUCGACAUUUAAUACAAUUUGAAGACGACACAAGUGCGACAGCUGCGUUCAACUCUCAAAUUAUCUGCGUGUCUUUUAAAGAAAAGCCAAAAAAAAAAAAAGUUGCAAUGCAAACGAGAACAGUGUCUAAAAGCGUGCAAUGAUUGUGUCUCUCCCAACGUCUUCGUCUGUUCGGAUCUCGAGGCGAUUUGAAACGUGUUUCAAUCAAUAUCACAAAGAUGGCCUUGUUUGUAGAUGUGUUUCUUUCUUCUAUCAUAACGAGCGCCGCGACUUAACUGUUACAAAUUAAUGAAUCACAAGUCCCAAUACAUUUGCAUCGCGCCUACUAAGUUUUUUUCAUGGACAGUAUUUAUUUGUUGUUAAUAAAACGCCAUUAAAAAGA